AUGACGACAAAUCACACGAUGCAGUUAGUUGAUUUUCGACUGCAAAUAAUUCGGGAUAUUAUCCAAAAGUAUGGUAGUCAACGAGUAGCAACCAGGGGUAGACCUUCAUCAACAACUGCACCACUCCGAUUAACUGCAAGACACUUUCGGUCGCCAAUCCUAGCUACAGACACACAGCUAGCACCGAGAAAAAAUGUGUUGUCUGCAGCAACACUCCAACCGGUUAAUGGCAUGACAGUUCAUUCAUUUUUAGGUGAACAACGUAAUUCAGGAAAGCCACGUGCCAUAAAACCAGAUGAUUCCAAAUUGGAAAAAGAAUGGAGACCUGUUGAAUAUUUCUUCAUUGAUGAGAUGAGUAUAGUUGGCUUAACUUUAUUGGCAAAACUUAAUCGAAUUAUUUUCUCUGCAAAACAUGUCGAUCCUCAGGUUCCAUUUGGUGGUGUGAACGUUAUUUUCUUUGAUGAUCAUUUAAAAUAUCGACCAGUCUAUGAUUCACCAUUACAUACCAACUUUUCAUUACCAUCCAAAAAGAAACCAGGCAAAAUACCAUCUGAAAAAGAAGUUCAACAGCGUGUUGCACGUUCGUUGAUGCUUCAAAUCAAUUGCGUGGUGAAACUUACACAUCAAAUGCGAACAAAAGAUUUACGGUAUCUUCAAUUACUCGAUCGUCUUCGCCAUGGACAGUGCACUUAUGAUGACUAUGAGCUAUUGCAAACACGAGUUGUUGGACAACCAUCAAUCGAAUCUCUACAUGAUUCUCCUUGGAACAAAGCUUCCAUUCUCGUAUUCCGAAAUGAAGUUCGUACACAAAUAAAUAAUAAAGCAGCAGUUCAUAAUGCAACACAAAUGGGACAUCCACCUAUGGUUUGUGUUCCUCAGGAUACUUGUAAAGGCAAACCAAUUGAAGACCCGAUAUUGCUUAAAAAAUUACUAGAAUUAUCUGAUAGCAAAACAGAGCAUUUACCUGGCUUACUACCCUUUGUUCCAGUGGAUCAAACAUUUCGUGUCGAUAUUGCCAAUAUUCUUCCGAAAGAAAAGAAACCAAAAUCAAAUCAAAAGAUAGUUCUGUCAAUCAAACGGUCUGCACUACCACUUGUACCUGCUUAUUGCAUGAUAACACAUAAAAGUGAAGGCCAAACUUCCCAUUAUCUCGUAUUCGAUGAUCCGAUAUGGGAUCCGAUCGAAUCCGACGAAAUUAUUGAAAUAGAUGAUGAAUUGUCAUCAUCAACGAUUUCAAGUCCAAUAGUUGUCAAGAAAUCAUCAUCUAAUUCAAACAAACGUUAUUCAUCGAAAUUUAAAAAGGAAUGGUUAUCCAUUCCUCUUUUUUCGUCGUUUUUUACGGAAGUCGGAUUAGGUGAUAUUCAUCGUCAUACUGAAACAAAUAAACACAAACAAAGUACAAAAGCUGCUGAAGCUAAUCGAACAAAAUCACUUGAUGCAACAUUUGGUAUAACAACAACAGAAUUUAAUCGUUUGACUGCUGUUGAAGGAGCUAUGGUCUUUCAUUCGGUUAAACAUUCUCACAGCUACAUUUAUCAAGGUUGCACAAUGGAUAUGAUCAAACAUUGUUUUUCUGAUUCUCACGUUGGAAAGAACAUUAGUUGCAGCAGGACAAAAGCUCGUGAGAUAGCCUGUAACGUACUUGCCCCAUCAUUAACAGAUGAAAUUGUUCGUGAACUACAAGAUGUUUCUUCUUUUUCCAUUUGCUAUGAUGCUUCGAACAAGGGAAAUGCCAAGAUGCUUCCAAUUGCUGUACAGUUCUUCUCGAGAUUUGGCAUUCGACGUGGUAUACUGGAUUUUAUUGAACAAAGUGAGGAAUCAGCCGAUGCUGUAUUGAAAAAUAUUAAAUAUGUAUUAGAAGCACACAGGCUUACCAAAUGA